CCAGGUUUUUGGUCUUCUUUUUACCUGCAACAUCGUCACCGGAAUACAAAACGAGCACGAAAAAGAGAGCGCGGCCGUUGCAAUGUCGGAACCACUCGAGUCUUGUCCCUCCUUCUUCCAGCGCGCUCUGGCUGAGCUCGGGCUGACCAGCCUGGCGGUGUCGUCCAGUGACAUCAAGCUGUUGUGUCUGCAGCGCUUCGUCCGCCUUUUCGCAUAUGGCGCAUCGACUCUGAUUCUCGUCGCUUUUCUCACGGAGCUCGGAAACUCGAAGGAACGGUCGGGCCUGUUCAUGACGCUGACGCUGGUGGGCGACAUCUUCAUCAGCCUCAUCCUGACCCUCAUCGCCGACAGAGUGGGCAGAAAGGCCAUUCUCGCCAUUGGCGCCGUGCUCAUGACGCUGAGCGGCGCUGUGUUUGCCAUCUCCUCCAAUUACUGGGUCUUAUUGGUGGCAGCUGUCUUGGGCGUCAUUAGCCCGUCGGGAAACGAAAUCGGUCCUUUCAAGGCCAUCGAGGAGAGCAUCAUUGCACAUCUUACACCGACCGAUCAGCGAUCCGAUAUUUUUGCGUGGUACACGCUAUUUGGCUUUGCUGGCACAGCUUCGGGUAUGAUGGUUGGCGGAUGGCUUAUUGAAAUCUUGCGAUUGAAGCUCCAUUGGGAUGUCGUCCGGGCAUAUCGCAUUGUCUUUGUCGUCUACGCUGCGCUUGGUCUCGUCAAGUUUGUUAUGACCAUUUGUCUUAGCCGAAAGGUGGAAUCCGAGCCAAAACCUGUUGUAGAGCAAUCAAGCGAUGCGCAGCCGUCCGAGUCGUCUCGACUUUUGCCAGACCAGCCUCCAUCGGAAGCAGCACCACCCAAGAAGCGCCGAUUUGCGCUCUUUGCUACACUCAGCGCCGAAAGCCAGCGCAUUGUCGCCGUUUUGUGUCUACUCUUUGCGUUUGACGCAUUUGGUGCUGGUCUUGCGCCUCUGUCAUGGAUCACCUUCUAUUUCAAAUCCCGCUUCGGCAUCGAUGAGGGUGCUCUCGGUUCCAUUUUCUUUACCGCUAGUAUAAUUUCGUCUAUUUCGGUGCUUGUAGCAUCACCUCUCUCCAAACGUUUGGGAGAUGUCAAGACCAUGGUCUUUACACAUCUUCCGUCGAGCGUAUUUCUGGCGCUGUUGCCUUUGCCCAGCAACCCCCGAAUUGCCACACUUUUGCUGCUCCUGCGAUCCAGUCUUCAAUCGAUGGAUUCUGCACCCCGUUCGGCCUUCUUAGCAAAGGUACUCCUCCCCGAAGAGCGGACGUCUGUUAUUGGCAUGACCAACGUAGUCAAGACAAUGGCACAGAGCGCUGGUCCACUCAUCACCGGCGUACUUGCCGGCCGCAAUUUAUUCUGGGUUUGCUUCGUUGCAGCAGGUUCCUUCAAAAUGGCGUAUGACUUGGGGAUGUUUGUUGUUUUCAGCACCUACGAGCGAAGUGAGGCUCACUGAGCCCCGACGUGAUCCAACGCAGCUGUUCCCUGCAAGGCUAUAGUAGUGGCGUUGAUUUUAGAUGAUUUUAGAUCCCAAAAAUAUAUAUCUAGAUUCAAAUUGGUCAAAGCUGCUCUGCAAACAUGCUCCUACACUGAGUCAAUGCGACGCUCCGGAGCAAAUAGCCCCGACUGCCGUUGUAUGUGCCAAGGUGCAACGCCACCAUCAAGUAAGCAGCCCCUUUUGCAAUAAGGUAAAGAGUUUGCAAUUGUGUUUUUUCAUGGCCGAUCACGGCCACGACAUGGGCGAGCAAUACCACGAAUUACUCCGUACAUGUUCUGGAAAUGCGUAAAUUCAGCACUCUGUGACGGUCCAUCGGCAGGACGUUGCUUUCAUUUCCGCGCAGUGUCCAUCUCGACAGGUACCCGCGGAGUAGCGCUUGACAGGAUCCACCUAUGUCAGCUGUGGUAGCAUUUUAUGAGAUGACUUUUGGCUGGACUAGGCCAGGAGGCUCUACAUCACGCGACCACGACUCUGCCCCCACGGUACAUCCCCCCGUCAUCCAGUUAAUUAGAACCGGCGCAAAGGGAGCAGCAGUUUAAUGAGAUGGUAUGCACAGUUGGACCUGAGAGCAAAUCAAACACAUUCGUACGGCCGAGAAUGGAAACCUUCUCUGGAACGGCGACCCCCACGACGAAAGCCUAAAAAAGUUGGAGAUUUGUGGACAGAUGGGUCCUCCAGUCGCCUUGAGCAGAAAACGAGUACUCUGAAUCGCGUUGAUGGACGACGGCGAGAUGGAGUAGAAGCCAGGAUCCCUGAAAUGGAAGCCCUUGUAGUGCGCUAGGUCUGCCCCUGGCCUGGGGAGACAAGGUGACCUAACCGCCGCCCAACGAGCGUGAAGCACGGCGUUGUUUGUUGCUGCGAUGAGAUGAACCAAGCAACGGAAAUAAAGAUCAGUGG